CUUAUGCAACACCCACUCCUUCCUAUAUUCUAUUCAUAACUCUCAUCAUUCAUUCAUCCACUUUCCUUAAUCUUUCAUUUUAGAUCUCUUACCUUCUUCUUCUUCCUCUCUGUUAGCCUUUUGUUCCAUCGUUAUUUUGUAUCUGUAUCAGCCUCAUCUUUGUUUUUUUUUCUUUCUUGUAAAAGGUUCCCAUCUCAAGGUAUGUACUGGGUUUUUGUUUGAAUUGAUGUUCCAAUCUUUUGAUGUCUCAAAGCUUUUGACUUUCUAGAUUAUAGUGCCUGCUAAGUUGAUGCUGAAUUGUGUUGCAGCUUUCCAUUUCUCCUCUUCUGAUGUUCUAAGAUAAUAAUUUUUUGUUGUCUGUUCUGUUAUGUAUGUCAUCGUUUAAUAGUUUUCCAUUUGAUUUUUUUAAGUUGUUAUUGAUCUGAGUGAAAUGUUGUUGUGCUUUCAUGUUUAAUAAAUAUGAUGUUCGUCUAGUUUGUUUGGCUUAUCUGCUGACUGGAUAUUCAGUUUUGAUUACUCUUUUGUCUUGCCAAUUCGUUUGAUACAAUCAAAUUCUAAUGAAUACCUUCAGAUUUAUUUGACAAGUCCAUGGUUUCCUUUGUUGAAACGGAACCAAGGGCAUUUUUUCUCCAUUGUACAGAAAAAAAUGGGAAGAAAACAUAUAUGCCUAGGGGAUCAUAUAUAUUUUCUUUGCCGGUUUCCAAACUACUCAACUGAUGUAGGAAAAAUCCAUUCAUUAUUAUUGUUUUUUUCUGGGCAAUUCAUUGUAACAUUGUAGUACUUCUAUCCUUUUUUUCUUCAUAUUAUAAUUUAGUUAUAUAACAAUUGCUGGGCAUUUAAUCAUUUUCUCAAAUAUGAUUCUACAUAAGAUUGGCUUCCCUAAGUGCUUUAUGUGAUUAUUUAAGUGAAUAUUAGCCACAGUUCAAGGAUAUUGUUGUUGGAGGUCAGACACCUACUGUUGAACUGUUUUUAUUUAUGAUUGAUAGUGAAUAUAUCUUCCUUGAGUGAUCCAUGAUUGGGGUUUCAACAAGUUUUAAGCUUCCUGUUGAGAGCUUAACAUAACUGUUCUCCUUUAUUCGAGCUUGGGUCUAGCUUAUGAGACCAUAGGUGGAGUGAAGAUGGAUCUGUGGCCACUGAAGAAAGGACAAGAUAAGGAAUGAUUGUAUACGAAGAGAUAUUAGCAUAACUUAUUGAGGAAAAGAAGAUAGAAAUUCGGUAUGCAAAGAAGUCCAUUCGAGGCAUUGGUGAGGAGAGAUGACAUGAUUUCUAGCCCCAUGAGCAGUAAAGAGAGAUCAAAAAGGACAUUGGACAAAUUAAAAGGGAUUUCAUGGUGAACAACAUACUUGAUAAUCAUCGGUAGCUUCAUUAAUAUUCUUUCAAGGAUACAUACUUGAGGUAGGCAAACACAUAUCCGGCGAUAAUGUUUGGAGGCAAAAAUGGAAAUCGCUUGCUUCCCGUUUUCUUGGAUGAGACUCAAUUUCGGCAUCAAACUAAUGCAUCAAAUCAGUUACAGUUGUUUGGAAACUUACAAGCUGGAUGUAGUGUUGACCCAGUUAAUUAUUUCGGAAAUGAGCAUGUCAGCUCCAUGAUUCAGCCUAAUAAACGCUGCAAGGAAAUGGAAGAUAUGUCAAAACAAAGACUUCAGAUUUCCUUAAAUUACAAUGUCAAUCAAAAGGAUGCUGAUCGAUUAGCAAGUAUUCAAAAUCCGAACCCUGUGUCAACAGGAUUGAGGCUUUCAUAUGACCAUGAUGAACAUAACUCAUCUGUUACUUCUGCUAGUGGCAGCAUGGCUGCCACACCGUCUAUCAUACUGUCUCUUGGUGAUAAUAUCAGAACUGAGCUUGAUAGGCAGCAAGAAGAGUUGGAUCAUUAUAUCAAACUUCAGAAGGAACAGUUGUCAAAGGGGGUGAGAGACAUGAAGCAAAAACACAUGACUGCUUUCAUCUCCUCCAUUGAGAAAGGUAUUAGUGCAAAGCUAAAGGAAAAAGAUGUGGAGAUAGAAAACAUGAACCGGAAAAACAGGGAGCUGGCAGAAAGAAUAAAGCAGGUGGCUAUUGAAGCACAGAGCUGGCAUUACAGAGCAAAGUACAAUGAGUCAGUUGUGAAUGCAUUAAGGAACAACCUACAGCAGGCAAUUUCACAAGGUGCUGAACAAGGGAAGGAAGGGUUUGGAGAUAGUGAAGUUGAUGAUGAUGCCUCGUAUAUAGAUCCUAAUAACUUCCUAAACAUACAGGGUGCGCCUAUAAACUCUACUCACAAGAGGUACCAAGAUGCAGAGAAUCUGACUUGCAGAGCUUGCAAGGCAAAGGCAGUUUCUAUGUUGUUGAUGCCUUGUAGGCACCUGUGCUUGUGUAAGGAUUGUGAGCAAUUUAUCAAUGUUUGUCCCGUUUGCCAAUUGAUAAAAACUGCAAGUGUUGAGGUGUAUCUGUCUUAACUUACAAAGUGUAAGUAUUUAAACAAGAACGGGAUAUAAGUCACUGUUUUCUUUGUGUGAUUUAUCUACCUAAAGUUCUUAA